ACUCCAUCAGCAUGCCUGCAGAGCGCCGUUGGGAGCGUUACUUCGGGAACUCUCCUCCCAUGGACGACCUGGACGAUUUUGAACCAUCCACAGAUUUCAACCUCCCAACCCCAAGAAAGACAUGUUCACCAGUGCAUAACAAGGCAUCUGGAACUAAAGGCAACACUAAGCAGCCAGAAGUCCAGCAAGCUGUUGCUGCAAAGUACAACAGCUCCAAGUCAGUGAUAGACUUGACUGAUGGCACAGAGUGCAAACAGGCGCUGAAGUGGAAGGAUACACACACAUUGGCAAGUGAUCAGCCCAAGACAACAGGAGAGGACCAUGACAAACAAACAAACUGGACAGCAAUGGAAGUCUCUAGCAGCCAAGAUGACAUGUUCGGUUCCAGCCAACAGGACGACUCCAUAGCCAUGAUGUUAGACUUAGACGCAGUGCCCGGAACUCCACCCGUCAAAACAGGCACCAAACAGCAGAGGACAGCACAGGCUGUCAAGGUCAGAGACAACAGCUGUGCAGUUAAACAGGCUGAAGGACAGAGGAGUACUGGAACAGCACAUGCUGACUUUGAUAUUGAAGCUGUUUCUGAUUACCCGUUGCUGUAUACAGAUGCCAAGGAGGUUGCAUCGUCCCAGCUACACCAGGGCCUACAUGACCUGCUGUGCUAUCGGCUGUCUGUAUUGGAGCGGAUGUGUGGAGUGUUCGACCAGCUGCCACUUUCAGUACUGACUUCACUGCCAACAGUGGAUAUGAAUGCCAUCACACAGUGUAGCAGCCUCAGAAAGCAGCUCACAGCCAAGAGUAAGGAGAUGGAGAAUGUCCUAAAGGAACGGGGAGAGAAAGUACCCGGCUACUUAAGUAACAUCCCUACAGCACUUUCUCCUCAAAGGAAUGCCUUAAGAAAUGGUGACUCUCCUUUCGUGGGAAGCAAAAACAAAACUCCAAACAACGACAACAACAAUAGCACAAGAAGUACAUCAACUGUAGCAAUGAGCUGUGACCCCCAACCUUUGAACUCUGGGUCAGGAGGCCAAAGGGCAAAGUUCAAUUUCAGGAGAACCUUCGGGUCAAGUUCAAAAUCUCCUGGUUCAGCAGUAAAGGUUCCCCUUCAGUUCACUGAUUCUCCUGAUGUCUCAAAGGAUCGAAAAGCAUCCCUCCUAAACACAGCUAAGGAAAGACCUGGGUUUCUGGACACUCCAACCUCUUUUAAUAAAGAUGGGAAAUUCAGUGUGAAUUCUAACUCAGAUACAAACUCUAGCCUGCCUACUCCAACCAACAGCGCAACUCUUUCUUACAACUUCACACACUCUACAAGUAAGCCUGUUUUCGAUGAUGACUUUUAUGAUGAUGACAUACCCUCUGCACAGGCUAAUUCUUAUACUAAGAAUCCCCAGUAUUCUACAACCAAUAGCAAUACCUUAAGAAGCACAUCCAAAACUUGGUGUAACCCUAAAGACGCUGUUGAGAUUGAAGACUCGGAAAGCGAGAGUGAAGAUCAUCACAAUAAGCAAACAACUUUCAACGAUCAUCCUGAUGAAAACAAUGAAAUCGAGGACGAAUACUGGGAUGUAGAUGACAUUGGUCUAGACGAGAUCGAAAACGAUGGAUUGAGUCUUUACGAAAAUGGCAAAGGCGGUUCAAAACAGCCAGAGAAUGAUAGCAGACACCAAAACAGCAACGCACAAGCAUUCCAGCCACCAUUUAAAACUCCAACAAACGCUGCAAACAACAGAAGUAGUUGUAACAAUACUGGACACACCGCAGAGCAGACAUUUGACGAUGAGAGUUUCUGGGAAGAAUGGGAGGAUGAGAGUAUGAUGGAGAACAGCAGGACUAGAACAGACACUACCAACAGAAAUGCUACUGUAUCAGGAAGCAAGACUCCUGCAGCAGCUGGUUUUACAACUCCUCAAGCAAGGGGAGGUGCCGGCACUUCUACUGGUCUUGCCUCUAAAGCCCCUCAGAGCCAAGCCCCAAAACGUCCAGACCCAAAUGCAGAGUUCAACGGUACCCACUUUCCCCACUCUUCACGGAUGACUAGCCUGUUCAACAAGGUUUUCGGUCUGCACAGGUUCAGGACCAACCAACUGGAGGCCUGCAAUGCUGCGCUGCUGGGGAAAGACUGCUUUAUACUCAUGCCUACAGGAGGAGGGAAGAGUCUGUGUUACCAGCUCCCUGCCAUCGUGAGUGGUGGAGUCACCAUCGUCAUCUCACCCCUCAAGUCUCUCAUACAGGACCAGGUCUCUAAACUCAACGGCUUAGAGGUGCCAGCAGCCCACCUGUCUGGUGAGCUGUCCCAACAGGUGGCAUCAGGUGUGUACAUGGACCUGGCCAGGAGAACUCCUCAGACCAAACUCCUGUACGUUACACCUGAGAAGGUUUCUUCUAGUGAGAAGCUCCUCUCAACACUGAAGAGCCUGUACCAGAGAGGUCUACUAGACAGGUUUGUAAUAGAUGAGGCCCACUGUGUAAGCCAGUGGGGGCAUGACUUCCGUCCCGACUACAAGAAGCUCUGUGUCCUUCGGAAGAGUUUUCCUGGUGUUCCCAUGAUGGCGCUGACCGCUACGGCCACGCCGCGCGUCCGGAGGGACAUCCUACACCAGCUGGGCAUGACAGACCCAAGAUGGUUUGUACAAAGCUUCAACAGAACCAACCUCCACUACUCUGUCAUGCCUAAAAAGGUCAAGUCUGCCACAAAAGAGGUCCUAGAACUCAUCAACUCCAGGUUCCGUAGCAAGACCGGCAUCGUGUACUGCCUGUCCAGAAAAGAGUGUGAGACAGUGUCUGACGAGCUGUGUAGGAACGGCACCUCUGCCUGUGCCUACCACGCUGGCAUGAGUGACAAGGAGAGGGCCCGCAUUCAGGACCUGUGGCCGGAGCAUUACAAGGUUAUCUGUGCCACAAUAGCGUUUGGGAUGGGGAUAGACAAGCCGGAUGUGCGGUUCGUGAUCCACUAUUCCCUCCCGAAGUCUGUUGAGGGUUACUACCAGGAGUCCGGUCGAGCAGGGAGAGAUGGAGAGGCCUCUGACUGUAUCCUGUUCUACAACUAUCAUGACAAGAUGAGGAUGCAGAAGCUCAUACACAUGGACAAAGAAGCGACCUAUGAAUCGAGAAAGGUCCACAUGGACAACCUGUUGCGCAUGGUUCAGUAUUGUGAGAACGAGUCAGACUGUAGACGUGCCCAGUUACUGCACUACUUUGGUGAAACAGACUUCAACCCUGAACUCUGCACCAGCGACCCGAGGACCACCUGCGACAACUGCAAGCUUGAGGGUGCGUUUGAGAUGAAGGAUGUGACAACAGAAGCGAAGAUGGUGGUGGAGUUUGUACGCAGUGUCGGUGGGAACAGCAGCGGUGGUGGUGGCAGGAGGGGCUGGGGUGUACAGGGCUACACGCUACUGCACGUCACUGAUGUCUUCAAAGGUUCAUCCAACAAGAAGAUCAUGGACACAGACCACCACAAGUACCCCCUAUACAACUAUGGAGCAGCCUUCUCGAGACACGACGCUGAGAGACUUAUGAGGAAGCUCGUGACGGAAGGAGUCUUGGCAGAAGACCUCCAUGUUGUUCCUCGUGUGGAACAAGUCGUGGCGUACGUGCGGCUGGGACUGAAGGCUGAUGCUGUGGUCAGUGGGAGGAUGAAGGUGCACCUUGCCAUCAGAAGAACAGGUCAGCGGGCAGUGGUGGCCAAGAACCAGGACAGCAACGCCUCUGUUUGGGAGAAACUCUUCAUCGAGCUACAGUCCCUCUGCAAAGACCUCGCUAAUGAGAACAGCGUUCAGUCCCACCACAUCUUCCCUCCCCAAACCCUCCGCGAGAUGUCACGCAAAGUUCCUCGCAACGAGCACGAUAUGCUGGAGAUAGACGGGGUGUCAGAGAGGAAGCUGUACAAGUUUGGCCCACAGUUUCUGGAUGUUAUUGACAACUUUGUGAAGAAUAACCCAGAAGUGACAAUGAAGCCACAAGCCAAACCUGCAGCACAAGCCAGUGCCUCUCCGUACUUCCAAGGAAACCAGUACCAGUACAAGGGGAAGGGGGUGAAGAGAAAAAGGGGAGGAGGGGGCGCUGGUGGCGCUCGGAAUAAACGGAUCAAGCAGUCCAGGAAGCAAGGGUAACUAUUGUGUUGUGGUCUUAGAUACGAUACACUGUCAGGGUUGGACAAGUUUUCUAAAAGUUACUUGUCCUAUCUAUAUUAGGGAAAUACAUAGAAAAUUUACUUGCCUGAACUAACUUUUCACUUGUCUGGACAUUUAAAUGACACAAGUAUUUUCAAUUCCAUCAAUGGAGUUCUUUUAUUGUUGGCUCUAUUUUUCUGUGUUGACUAAUGUUUGAUGCUGCGACUGUGAAAGGAAAGUUGCAUUUGUAUAUUAAGUAUUGUUGCAGUUACUAAAAGAAAAUGUUUGCUUUCUUGCUUAUCAAACAUUUACCUUACAAAAUUUAAAGGCUGCAUUGAUGGCUUACAAUGUACCUAUCGUAAUAUUUGCAAGACAAAGAAGCAAAUAUUUCUUGCAGCAAAAGCUUUACAUUCUUGCUCAUGAUUUCUGAAAUCAUACAAUAAUUUUCCAAAUUUUACAGAACUGUUGGAAGGGGCAGAAGACAAGGGAAGGCUUCGAAGAGAGGACAGAACAGCAGUUACAGCACAGCAGAGCCCCCUAGUGCUCCAGCGAGGAACUCCACAGUGCGAGGCGCGGCACCAGGCAUGAUGCCCAUGCCAGCCCCUGGCCAGAAAAGGAGUUUCCUACAAGGACAGUUCGGUUACAUGAAGACAUGAUAUACAUUAUAGAGUAUAGGGAUGGAAUAACAAACUAUUAUGAUAUUGCAGUUAAUUUUGCUAGGGAAUAAUGUUCUUGUACCUGUAGUGUAUUAGAGUUGGAGAUUUUAAAGUUCUACUUAGUAGUUUGUUUUAUAAAUCUUACAUUAAUUUACGGUAGUUUCUUUGGAGAUUUUAAUUAAAGUUCCAGUAAAUUUUAAAUAUCCUAUUCUACAUUUAGUUUGUUAGGAGAUUUUAAUUAAAAGUUCUAGUUGUCAGGACCAUUCUACAUCGUGAUCUGCACAUUAUGGUGUACAUGUGUAUGAUAUACACAAACACUAACACACAUACAAAAGAAACCAAUAAGGAUGAAACUUAAAAGGAGGUAAAUAUAUUUAAUGUCUGUACUAUUUUGAUAUACAUGAUUGUAUUGAGCCUUUUUGGCUAAUAUACUAUCUUAAUACUUGGAUGAAUAAAUAUUUGCAAUUAGA